ACAGCGACCACAGGCGUAAUUUUUCGCUUAGCACAUGCAAGAGAAGCCGCUCAGACUGCCUGCAUCCGUCGCACUGACAGGUUGACCGAAAAAAAAGUUGACAGAAGAAAAGUUGACCGAAAAAAAGUUGACGAGGAUAAGUUGAUAAAAGAAAGGUUGACGGAAGAGCUGGUUGAGGAAAAGCUGCCUGAGGAAAAGUUGGCAAUAGAAAACUCGCCGAAAGUUUGCGCAGUGACCGAGAGUUUACAAGGAAAUGUGGUCCAGAACAAGAAAAUUUAUUUUGUUUUCGUUCUUGUUCCUGACAGUGACGGUGGGAAUGGUAGACUUGCGAGGAAAAUAUAAAAAACCGGCGACUUUUUUGUCGGAGAUUCCCGUCGUCGAGGGUGAGGCUGUCGGCGACCAAAAGAGGGUUGUAGGGACGACCGACGGAGGCGAAAACGAAGACCUAGAAAGACGCGGUGAUGAUGCAGACGAAGGUGAAUACGACGCAUACGACGGGGAGCAUGGCGACGCAGACGAAGGGGCGCUCGGUGGCAAAGACGAAGAAAACACCGCAAAGCAAACAGCCCAGACGCAGGAGGGCUACGAAGGACAAGAGGAACCGAAACACUUCGAAGCCGAGAAGAAAAGCGGCAAGAACGGCGACGAAAAAGAAGCCACAGGAGAGGGCUUACUAGAGCGGUUUCGCCGGCGGCGGGAGAGGGUGAGGGCCGUCUGUGAGCAGAGGAGGAACAACACCGGGGAAAAGGAGAACGUCGAGGUCACACUCAGGAGCCAGAUCCUCUACUUCUGGGGAUGGAAUGUGUCCGUGUGUACCAUUCCGAAGGUGGGGUCUGGGACGUGGCGGGGUCACGUGAACCGCAUAAAUGGCCGCUCCGGAGACCCCCUCAGAGACCCCAAGAGGAGGAAUCUGACGAGGAGGUCUGUGAGGGACGUUCUUGGCCAGGUGCGGGAGACGGUGCGGAUCAUGACGGUCAGACACCCCCUCACCCGUCUCGUGUCCGCUUACCGCAACAAAUUUCGUGACGGAAGGAGGUUCGGCGUCCAUCAUAAGAUCGGAAGAAGGACUUUUCUGGCUCCUGCUCUCAAACAUCUUCCCCAAAAUAGGAACAAGAAUCACCUGUCCUUCGCCGAUUUCCUCACGCACGUUGUGAAAUCCCACAGGGAAGGGCGCGUCAACUUACACUGGCAGACCUUUUCGUACUUGUGCUCGCCAUGCCAUUUCGACUACGACUACAUCACGAAGCUGGAAACACAGACGGAGGAUCUGCAUCACGUGUUCGGGGUCGUGGGCCUCCCCGCGGACCCGGCCAGGCAAGCCAACCCCAUCAAGAAAGGCGCGAACAAGGAUGCCUCCGACCUUGCAUAUUACAAUCAAGUUCCUUUGAAGUUGAAGAAACAAAUAUAUGAUGUCUUUAAGUUGACAUGAUGAUGUUUGACUAUCAGCUGCCAAACGACUUUUGGGAAACCACAUAAUGUAGGGGAUCCGUACAAGUGUGCAUUUUUUUAAGCGAGUUUCUAUUUUCAUUUCAGAAGUUAAAAAAAAAAAAAAA